CAGCAUUCCUGCGUACGGAGCAAGAAAUAUCCUGCCAUGACAUGACAUCCCACCUCAUGAUCAUCCUGUUCAGGGCGUGUCCAUUCACGCUGAAUUGGAGGGGAAAUGGUCCGAUCGCUAGCGGAUCGUCUGGGAAUCCGGAGGUUUUGAAGAAUUAUGACAUCAUCGCGUCUUCCGUUGUUAUUCCUAUUCGGGAACUAGGCCCGUUACAGCUGGUUGACGCUACCAUCUGGACUUGCGCAGUAGAUGUUCCAUGGCUCCUUGACACUAGGCACCUAGAAGAAAAAUUUCUCCAACGAUGGUCAUCGCUUCAUAAUUUAUACUAUACUGCUCAAGACCGUAACCACCAAGCCUUCUACUCCCUCCCUCACUCCCCUCGCACCAUCUUUCUCUCCACCGGCUGCGUAGCCACCUACAUCCUCAUGAACAACCUCACCAGGCCCCUAUACUCUUUCUUAUACAACAUCUCCGGCUUCAUCCGCGCCGCCAAUCUCAGCGUAAUCCCAUCGUCUUGUGCGUAUGCUGUGGUCUUCGAUCCGGAGACGGCUAAUAUAACGGAGAGACGGGUUGAAGGAAAUGGGAAACGCAGACGUGUCAUCACGGUGAAAAGGCCGUUGGUUGAACUUGAGGGGUAUAAGUAUCGCGAGAAGUCGCCGGAGCAUUUGGGGGAUGUUUGGCUCGAUGGUGUUCGGCAUGAGAAGGCGUUAGUUCGUAUUGGUAGAGCGGGUUAGGUUUGCGUUAGCUGGUGUUGGUACUGGAGUGGCUUUUGAAUGGAUUGGAUGAAUUGGAUGGAUAUUGCUUACUGAGUUUAAUGUCGUCUUCGGAAGCCCUUUCUCAUCGCCGUACGUUACCGGCUUGACCUCUUGGUUCUUCUAUUGUUGCUCUCAUUCAGGAAGCAUAAACGCCUCGAUACUUGUAGCGGCUACGAGGACAGAGAAUGGAGCCCCUGAUUAACAACCCCUUGCCCUACAUCUAUAUACCAGUGCGUGUAGAUAAAGAGUCAAUCAGUC